UUCAAUUGCUCUGUGUGUGGGAAGGCAUUUUCAUGGUCAUCAAGUCUUAAGAGACACCAGAGAACACACACGGGCGAGAAGCCAUUCCUGUGCCCUGUGUGUGGGAAGACAUUUGCAGACUCAUCAACUCUUCAAACUCAUCAGAGAACACACACAGGCGAGAAGCCAUUCCUGUGCCCUGUGUGUGGGAAGGCAUUUGCACAAUCGUCAACUCUUCAAACUCAUCAGAGAACGCACACGGGCGAGAAGCCAUUCCUGUGCCCUGUGUGUGGGAAGGCAUUUGCACAGUCGUCAACUCUUCAAGACCAUCAGAGAACACACACGGGGGAGAAGCCAUUCCUGUGCCCUGUGUGUGGGAAGGCAUUUGCACAGUCGUCUCAUCUCAAUAGACACCAGAGAACGCACACGGGCGAGAAGUCGUUCCUGUGCUCGGUGUGUGGGAAGACAUUUGCACACUCAUCACAUCUUCAGAGUCACCAGAAAACACACACGGGUGAGAAGCCAUUCCUGUGCCCUGUGUGUGGAAAGGCUGUUGCAAAGUCAUCAAAUCUUCAGAGUCACCAGAAAACACACACGGGUGAGAAGCCAUUCUUGUGUUCUCUGUGUGGGAAUACAUUUGCACGGUCAUUAACUCUUCAAACUCAUCAGAGAACGCAUACGGGCGAGAAGCCAUUCCUGUGCCCUGUGUGUGGAAAGGCAUUUGCAAAGUCAUCACAUCUUCAAGACCAUCAGAAAACACACACGGGCGAGAAACCAUUCCUGUGCCCUGUGUGUGGGAAGACAUUUGCACGCUCAUCAAACAUCAACAGACACCAGAGAACACACACGGGCGAGAAGCCAUUCCUGUGCCCUGUGUGUGGGAAGACAUUUGCAGACUCAUCAACUCUUCAAACUCAUCAGAGAACACACACGGGCGAGAAGCCAUUCCUGUGCCCUGUGUGCGGGAAGACAUUUGCACAAUCGACAGCUCUUCAAACUCAUCAGAGAACACACACGGGCGAGAAGCCAUUCCUGUGCCCUGUGUGCGGGAAGACAUUUGCACAAUCGACAGCUCUUCAAACUCAUCAGAGAACACACACGGGCGAGAAGCCAUUCCUGUGCCCUGUGUGUGGGAAGGCAUUUGCACAAUCGACAGCUCUUCAAACUCAUCAGAGAACGCACACGGGCGAGAAGCCAUUCCUGUGCCCUGUGUGUGGGAAGGCAUUUGCACACUCAUCAACUCUUCAAGAUCAUAAGAAAACACACACGGGCGAGAAGCCAUUACUGUGCCCUGUGUGUGGGAAGGCAUUUGCACAAUCGACAGCUCUUCAAACUCAUCAGAGAACGCACACGGGCGAGAAGCCAUUCCUGUGCCCUGUGUGUGGGAAGGCAUUUGCACGGUCAUCAACCAUGAACAGACACCAGAGAACACACACGGGCGAGAAGCCAUUCAUGUGCCCUGUGUGUGGGAAGACAUUUGCAGACUCAUCAACUCUUCAAACUCAUCAGAGAACACACACGGGCGAGAAGCCAUUCCUGUGCCCUGUGUGUGGGAAGGCAUUUGCACACUCAUCAACUCUUCAAGAUCAUAAGAGAACACACACGGGCGAGAAGCCAUUCCUGUGCUCUGUGUGUGGGAAGACAUUUGCACACUCAUCAUAUCUUCUGAGUCAUCAGAGAACACACACUGGCGAGAAGCCAUUCCUGUGCCAUGUUUGUGGGAAGGCAUUUGCACAAUCAUCAACUCUUCAAAACCAUCAGAGAACACACACGGGCGAUAAGCCAUUCCUGUGCCCAGCGUGUGGGAAGUCCUUUUCACGGCAAUCAAGUCUUCAGAGACACCAGAGAACACACACGGGCGAGAAGCCGUUCCUGUGCCCUGUGUGUGGGAAGACAUUUGCACGGUCAUCACAUCUUCAGAGUCACCAGAGAACACACACGGGCGAGAAGCCAUUCCUGUGCCCUGUGUGUGGGAAGAAAUUUGCACACUCAUCACAUCUUCAGAUUCAUCAGAGAGCACACACGGGCGAGAAGCCAUUCCUGUGCUCUGUGUGUGGGAAGGCAUUUGCACAGUCAUCACAUCUUAAAGACCAUCAGAGAACACACACGGGCGAAAAGCCAUUCCUGUGCCCUGUGUGUGGGAAGGCAUUUUCACAGUCGUCAAAUCUUAACACGCAUCAAAAGGUCCACAAUGAUUGGGGAGGCAAGAAGUCCUUCAAUUGCUCUGUGUGUGGGAAGACAUUUUCACGGCCAUCACAUCUUCAGAUUCACCAGAGAACACACACGGGCGAUAAGCCAUUCCUGUGCCCUUUGUGUGGGAAGACAUUUGCACACUCGUCAACUCUUCAAAACCAUCAGAGAACACACACGGGUGAGAAGACGUUCUUGUGCCCUGUGUGUGGGAAGACAUUUGCACACUCAUCAACUCUUCAAACUCACCAGAGAACACACACCGGUGAGAAGCCGUUCUUGUGCCCUGUGUGUGGGAAGACAUUUGCACAAUCAUCAAAUCUUCAAGCUCAUGAGAAAACACACACGGGCGAGAAGCCAUUCCUGUGCUCUGUGUUUGGGAAGACAUUUUCACACCCAUCAAAUCUUCAAGCUCAUGAGAAAACACACACGGGCCAGAAGCCAUUCCCGUGCUCUGUGUGUGGGAAGACCUUUGAAGUGAAGACAGAGGUUGUGGAGAAGGAGACGAAGGAAGAUGUGAAGGAGGAGAUGAUGGAGGAUGAAAGAACGCACACGGGCGAGAAGUCGUUCCUGUGCUCGGUGUGUGGGAAGACAUUUGCACACUCAUCACAUCUUCAGAGUCACCAGAAAACACACACGGGUGAGAAGCCAUUCCUGUGCCCUGUGUGUGGAAAGGCAUUUGCAAAGUCAUCAAAUCUUCAGAGUCACCAGAAAACACACACGGGUGAGAAGCCAUUCUUGUGUUCUCUGUGUGGGAGUACAUUUGCACGGUCAUUAACUCUUCAAACUCAUCAGAGAACGCAUACGGGCGAGAAACCAUUCCUGUGCCCUGUGUGUGGGAAGACAUUUGCACGCUCAUCAAACAUCAACAGGCAUCAGAAGAAAACACACACGGGCGAAAAGCCAUUCAUGUGUUCUCUGUGUGGAAAGGUAUUUUCACUUUCAGUAAACUGCCGCAGCCAUCAGAGAACGCACACGGGCGAGAAGCAAUUCCUGUGCUCUGUGUGUGGGAAGACAUUUGCACACUCAUCAACUCUUCAAAAUCACCAGAGAACACACACGGGCGAGAAGCCAUUCCUGUGCCCUGUGUGUGGGAAGACAUUUGCAGACUCAUCAACUCUUCAAACUCAUCAGAGAACACACACGGGCGAGAAGCCAUUCUUGUGCCCUGUGUGUGGGAAGGCAUUUGCACGGUCAUCAACUCUACAAGAUCAUAAGAAAACACACACGGGCGAGAAGCCAUUUUUGUGCCCUGUGUGUGGGAAGGCAUUUUCACAGUCGUCACAUCUUAAAAGGCAUCAGAAGUUUUUGUGA